CCUCUUCUUAUGUCAGUCUGCAGAUGCAGAGGCUGCAAGUCCUGGGGUCAAGCAGGAGAGGUCUGUAGGAGAGGAGGACCCAAGACACAGCAGAGACAUCCAGACUGGAGUGGCUGGAAAGCACCUUGUAGCCACUGAGGACCUUGCCAUCACCACCGUGCCCCAGGCUUGGACCCAACCCAGCAUCACAGAGGAGGAGGAGGAGGUGCUGCUGGUGAAGGAGGAGGGUCUGGGGAACCCUGAGAGGACCAURGUCAUGGAGGACAACCARACWACACCUCCUCCUGAACCCACAGAGGAACCAGUUGAGCAGCACAGGAUCACACACAGUCUCACUGAGUCAGUAGACAUGGAGRAUGGGAAGCCUGAUCUGCUGAUAGUCAAAGUGGAGACAAUAGAAGACGAACCAGAGAACAUUGAUCUGCUGAGUGGACUAAAAAUGGGGGAGCAAGGUGGUUGGCUGGAGCCUAACAAGGGAGACUGGGCAGCCAUCUUGGAAUCCCAGAUGGGCGCAGCCAAGGGCCCAGGGGACCACAUCACUGAGCAGAGCGAGAUAGUGGAGUCUGCAGUCCAUGAGGACCUGCUGAUGUCCGGUGUUGCUGACGGGAGAGCUGGGCCUCUGAGGUGGCUGGUCACAAACCCUGGCCCCGGAUCAGGACCCUGGUUCAGUGAGCCGUCACUCUUCCUUCCCGAGUCGCAACUAGGACCAAACCAAGAGGGACAGAGACUCCACCACCACACAGAACACAACCAGUGGACAGGUGGACUGAACAACCUGAGUCCUGGUGGUCAUCAGAAAGACAGAGGCUCCAGUCAGGGAUACAGUCUGCAGCCCAGACCCUUCUCUUCACAGUCUCRGUGUAGGGAUGGAGCAGGGCCUGGGGCUGAUAGAGAUAGACCCUCCUGUUCCUAUGAUACAAACACCACAGUAUCCAUGAUGAACAGAGCAGGUCACCCUGGGCUUCAGCCUUCACAGAGAGUGGUGGGAGAUCCCCCUGGCGGUAGUCUAUCAGGAAGUCUGUCUUCAGGGUCUCGUCUAAUGCCUGGUGAAUGGGUUCAUGGGAAGCCUGGGUCCAGCCUUCCUCAGCUACCUCAUGGUUACCACACAAAUACAGACAGGGUCAGGAUGGACRUUCACCACGAGAAGUACCUAGCCUAUAACACAGCACACAAUCCCAACAACAUUCAAACAAUGGCUAGAGGUCAAGGAGGGAGCUCAAAGACUAACCACCUGAGGGCGGUGGCUCCUGUUUCUACCUCCUCUGGUGUCAUUGGGUCACAACCUGGGAGGCCAAGCAUUAGGACGGACGCCGACAAGCCGUACGCCUGCCUCACGUGUGGGAAGCGUUUCGCUGAGGCGAACUAUGUGAAGAAGCACCAGACUGUUCACACCAAGGAGAGGCCCUUUAAGUGUAAGCUGUGUUACAAGAGCUUCUCCUUCCAGAAUAACCUUAUCAGACAUAGGAGUGUCCACAAUGGGAAGAAAUCAUAGAAGUGUAUGAGUUUUACGCAGGGGAUAUCUGGGAACCAUUAUUUAGCUGACAUACACUACAUGACCAGUAUGUGGACACCCCUUCAAAUUGGUGACAGGUGUUUACAAUCGAGCACACAGACAUG